GGUUAAAUAAGCAAAAUAUAUAUAUGCAUGGGAAGCACUUAAAGAAAGGCAAGGUAAGAGACAGUUAGGCACCUCUUUAUCAUCAGCAUCAACAUAACAAACAAAGAAACCAAAAAUGCCCAUUUCAUCUCUUCUUUACGAAAUGGCCAUAAAUCUCAUCUCCUAUAAAUACAGAAUUCCUUGCUUCUUCUCAUUUCUCAAACCUUAAUUUCCUACCACUUACUUCUUAUCUGACACCAUCCUUGUCUCUCUACAAAAAAAGCAACCUCAUCAUACAUAAUCCUCCUUGUAUUUAACUUUCUUUGUCUUGUCCUAAGACUCACGAAAAAAAAAAAAAAUGGAACCCUCCUAUUCUUCUUGGGUUCCAAAGCUUUUGUUCAUCCUAUUACCAUUUUUCUUCCUUCUUCCUUAUCAUUCUUCUUCUUAUUCAUUGCAUCCACUGGUGGUUAACUCCACGAUUGAGCAUCGUAACUACACAGGGAUAUCAAGUUUCCGAGUGGUGAAUAGAAGAGCUUUGUUGCAUUGUCCUCUCAAUAAUCCUUAUCUCCAAAUAAAUGUAAGCUCAUCAGGAAAUUAUACCCUCUCCAAUGAAGAAUUUGUUAACGUAACAGUUAGUGGAGUUUUGCGUCCUUCCCAUGAUCAUUGGGUUGCCAUGAUUUCACCUUCUAAUUCCAACGUGGGGACUUGUCCUCUGAGUAAAGCUUUAUAUAUGCAGACUGGUGAUCUUAGUAAUCUCCCACUUCUCUGCCAUUAUCCCGUUAAGGCAGAGCUUAUGAGCAUUGAUCCAGACUAUCUAAGAUGCAAGAAACAGGAAUGCAAGAAAUACGAGGGUAAUAAAUGUGUGGUGACCACUUGCAGUGGUACAUUACAGUUUCAUAUCAUCAAUAUCAGAACUGACAUUGAAUUUGUGCUCUUCGCUGGUGGAUUCGACGAACCUUGCAUUUUGGCUAGGUCUAGUCCUUUGAAAUUUUCCAAUCCAAACGCUCCAUUGUAUGCACAUAUUUCAAGCACAGAUUCAACAGCAACAUCAAUGAGAGUAACAUGGGUUAGUGGGAGCAAAGAACCACAACAAGUGCAGUAUGGAAAUGGGAAGACAUUGACUUCACAAGUUACAACAUUUUCACAAGAAGAUAUGUGCAGUUCUUUGGUGCCAAGUCCGGCCAAGGAUUUUGGAUGGCAUGACCCUGGUUACAUUCAUUCAGCAAUCAUGACUGGACUAAACCCUUCAAGCAAAUUCUCCUACAGAUAUGGAAGUGAUUCAGUUGGCUGGAGUGAUCAAAUUCAGUUUCAGACUCCGCCAGCUGCAGGAUCAAAUGAACUUAGGUUUCUUGCAUUUGGUGAUAUGGGAAAGGCUCCACGCGAUGCAUCUGCUGAGCACUACAUUCAGCCAGGAUCCAUCUCAGUGGUUGAGGCUAUGACUGAUGAAGUAAAAUCCGGCAAUAUAGACUCCAUCUUCCACAUUGGAGAUAUAAGCUAUGCAACAGGAUUUUUAGUUGAAUGGGAUUUUUUCCUUCACCUGAUAACUCCACUGGCAUCUCGAGUUUCUUACAUGACUGCAAUAGGAAACCAUGAGAGGGAUUACAUAAAAACAGGAGUAGUAUAUGGAACUCCUGACUCAGGUGGAGAAUGUGGAGUUGCCUAUGAGACCUACUUUCCAAUGCCAAUUCCAGCAAAGGAUAAGCCUUGGUACUCCAUAGAACAAGCAAGUGUUCACUUCACAAUCAUCUCGACCGAGCAUGACUGGACACCAGGUUCCGAGCAGUAUCAAUGGAUAAGGAAGGACAUGGCUUCAGUUGAUCGAAAGAAAACGCCUUGGUUAAUCUUUACAGGGCACAGACCCAUGUACACAUCUAAUUUGUUAAGCGUCGAUCCAAAAUUUGGUGUUUUUAUAGAGCCAUUAUUGCAGGAUUACAAGGUUGAUCUGGUGUUCUUUGGCCACGUUCACAAUUAUGAGAGAACCUGUUCUGUUUAUAGAGCUGAAUGCUUGGCCAUGCCUACCAAAGAUGCAAAUGGGGUUGACACAUAUGAUCACAGCAAAUACAAAGCACCAGUGCAUGCAAUUAUCGGCAUGGCUGGCUUCACUUUGGACAACUUCUCAUCCAUUAUUCAUCACUGGAGUUUGAAAAGGGUAUCCGAAUUUGGCUAUGGAAGAGUACAUGUAACAACAGAAGAGCUAAAUUUUGAGCUUGUGAAUUCAAAUACAAGACAAGUUAAGGACAGUUUCCGGAUCAUCAAAAAGCAAAAUAGAUAGGCACAAGGAUUGUAUCAUGGUUGUAGUAGCUUCAAGUUCUCCACAUAGGAUCUCUGUGCAAUUUUGCAUAUUUUUCCAAGAUAUAUAUUGUGGCCUGUAUAUGCACAUGUCAAAAGCCAUUUGUAGCACUCAAUCCAUCACCAACCAUUCAAUUGGUUGAAAACAAUCAUUGAUUUAGUUUUUCAAACAAGUUCUGAAGAUUACUGUUAUGCAACUAUACAAUGGAAAAUUGAUUCAGCCACAA